GACUUGGGGAAUUCUUCUACUAGAACUCCACCAUAUACGCCUUUCAAGUUUUGGAUCUCUGAGUUUACUUAAAAGAGGAAUAUAUUUUAGACGUUUAAACUCUUAGAAAUAUUCUUUUUUACAAGUAAUAUGAAGUCUACCUAUUUGAGAGAGUAUAAAUUAGUUGUUGUAGGCGACGGCGGUGUCGGUAAAAGUGCUCUUACGAUUCAACUGAUUCAAUCCCAUUUUGUAGAUGAGUAUGAUCCAACAAUUGAGGAUUCCUAUCGAAAAAAGUGUGAGAUUGAUGGAGAAGGGGCUCUUUUAGACGUUCUUGAUACAGCUGGUCAAGAAGAAUACUCUGCUAUGCGGGAGCAGUAUAUGCGAACUGGUGAAGGUUUUCUACUAGUAUACAACAUAACUUCUCGGUCAUCUUUUGAUGAGAUAAAUACGUUUUAUCAACAGAUAUUAAGAGUCAAAGACAAAGAUAGCUUUCCCGUUGUUUUAGUCGCUAAUAAGUGCGAUUUGGAGAACGAAAGGGUCAUUUCUCGAGCUGAAGGAGAGGCUCUUGCUAGAAGUAUGAAAUGCAUUUACGUUGAAACUUCAGCAAAACUUCGACUAAACGUCGAAGAAUCCUUUUACAGCCUUGUCAGAACAAUCCGUCAUUUUAAUAAAUCUGAAGAAAGAGGACUUCAUACUAAACAAGCUACACAAGUAGCAAAAUCUCAGCCAGCUACUAAAGCUUCUAAGGGUCCUGCUGCGGCUCAGAACCCUGAUUCUUCUUCAACAAAAUGUUGUGUCAUAUGUUAGAUAUUUCCUUUCUUUUCUAUUUCCAUUUUUGGUUUUGGCCGACUUUUUUCCCUGGGAUUAAAAUACGUAUACGGGUUUUAUACAAAAUGCUUUUAGUUUUUUCACUCAUUAUUGAAAAAAAAGUUGUUUAGCCUUCGGAGUUUGGAUUUAUUUGGAUCAUUCGCUGUUUGCUAUAAAGGAAUGGGGCCUAACCUCCAACCUAUUUUCGAGUUGAUAAUUAUAAUGUUAUGCUGGUACACUUCUGCCUUUUGCUGUUUUACUGUCUAUCUAAUAUGUUAAGCCUUUUUUUUCUCAUAGAAGUAAGACAUGUCUUAAAGACUUGUGGACAUAAUAUACAAAAGUCUCUAUAUUUUAUUGAAUAAAACAAAGCUCAUUUCUCUCA